AUGCUUGAUAGGGCAAUUGUAGAACGUAUUGCUAUUGAUUAUAAGAUUUCUGGUAAGUGUAAAUCUGCAAAUACAUAUGAAAAGAAAAAUUUGAAGAAAACAGCAAAUCAAACGUCAAAUUGUACUGAUUUAUUAUCUAUAAUAUUUUCAACUAUGGAAAAAUACAAAGAGGCAUUCUUUGCUAUUCAUCGUCAUAAUCAAAUAAUAUCCUAUCUAGCAGUCAAUAAUACUGAUGCUCUAAUUCAAUGUGAUUUAAUGGAUAUGCGAAAUGCAUUUCUAAAUUUUGCUUAUGAUAAUAAUUAUGAAUUUUCUUCAUUAGGUCGUGCAAAAUUUUCAACCAUGACUUUAUUAUAUGAAUUAUAUACAUCAACAACAGAGAAAUUUACAUAUAAUUGUAUUAGAUGCCAAUAG